AAAGAUGUAUCACGUGCAAAUGAUCACGUGUAAAACAGAUGAAAUCCUCAGGUGCGUUUUAAAACUUCCAAUUUACCCAAAUAUGUCAGAAAAAGCAUCAAUCGAUCUUGCCGGAGUCAAACAAAGUCGAGGCGUGGGCCUGUGGCUCGUAAAGGUUCCCAAGUAUUUGUCUCAACAAUGGGACAAAGCAUUGGAUAAUGGGGAAGUUGGCAAUCUCAGAAUUGGAAAGGAAGAAGGGAAAGAAGAGUUGUGUUUCAGGCUAAAUGAGGAACUGUGUACCCUGAGCUCUCGUGAGGUUGAAGUGAUGAAGAUCCCCAGAGACCAUCCCUUCACAAUGCCGCCAGUGGGGGGCCCAUCGCUCGCAGUCUACACCACGUCUGAAACAGGUGAAAUAAGCAUGGAGGGGAUGAUCGUCAAAAAGGCUGAAUGCAAGCCAGCAGUCCAGGGCUACAUGAAGCUCAAAAAACUGCAGCUCGAGGAGUCCACCAAACCACAGCGUCUGUCACAGCAGCUGGAGAAAGCCGUCACAAACAUCUAUAAGCCUGUGGCCAACCAUAUUGUCAAUGCGGAGUUCGAGAAGAAGAAACGGCAGGAGGGGAGAAUGGUCAGGGCAGAGCGGCGGGUCGUGUUGGAUAUGCUCUUCUCAGCGUUUGAGAGACACCAGUAUUACAACAUCAAGGACCUGGUGGACAUCACUAAACAACCUGUGACUUACCUGAAAGAGAUAAUGAGAGAGAUUGGGGUAUACAACACCAAGGGAUUGCACAAGAGUACAUGGGAGCUGAAACCGGAGUACCGCCACUACCAGUCUACGGAGGUGGAGAGGGAUGAAGACUAGCCCGGAGAACCCAUUGCCCUUUCACACUGGAUACUUUCCUGGACCAGUGUCAACGGCAGAAAUAACAUUGCUUCUCACUUUGUUUUGAGUUACUUGAAUAACUGCCAGCUGUAUUACUUUAGACAGCCAUUGCAAAUAAAAUGAUAUGGCUAUUCAUUACUA